AAUACCAAGCGUGUCACAUUCAAUAUGUCGGCGCAAAGUGAAGCAGACCAUGUGGAUGGAGAUAAAGAUAAAUAUAUGGACGAAACAUUGGAGGAAGCUGAAUUAAAGUCGACUGUAUUGACUUUAGAAAUUCUACCAAUCAUCAAAGAUGCACAAGGGCAGCAUGGAUUGAGGCAUGGAGACUAUCAAAGAUAUAGGCAGUAUUGUCAACGAAGGUUGAGACGGUUGUACAAGACUAUGAAUUUCCAGCAUGGUUCUCGGCAUGCGUUUAAAUCAAAGAAAGUAACACAAGAUCUACUCAAAGAUGUUAAAUACCUGCACAUUCCUCUAAUGGAUGCUGAAAGAGCUUGGAGUCAUGCUAUGGAGUUAAAACUGUUGGCAAACACUGAACUUCGCAAAAAGUUCCAUUACAUCAGAAGGCUGCGCAAGGCUGCAAGCCAUGCUAACCAGUUGGAAGAGCUGUGUUAUGCUGAAGCCUGUGAUGCCAGGACUAAGCUUGAGGCCCAAGCUUAUUCAUCUUACAUGAAGGGAAAUGUCAGUUUUGAGCUGCAGAACUGGAAAGAGGCAUUAGAAUUAUUUGGCCAAGCCAGGACUAUCUAUGAAAAACUAGCUGGUGCAUUUUCUGAAGAGCAGCGCAGCAUGUAUCUUCAGCGAGUUGAAGAGAUCACUCCUAACAUCAGAUACUGUGCGUACAAUCUUGAAGAGGGAACCACAGAUAUCAAUGAUCUAAUGCAGCUGAGGUGGAGUGCAGCUGCUGCUGGUGGUACUCAUGAUCCUGUGCUAACAGCCAAGAUUGAUGAGAUCAUUUCCCAAACUCGUGAUAAGGAAGCUGCAGCUAUGACAGAAGUGAGCUGGCGUGGCCACACUGUGCCAGUUAAGAAUGAGAAAGUGCGCUCAUUCAUACUGCAUGCCCAACAAAGUGCAAGAGAGUUAGAGAGAGCGGACACAUUGGACAGCAAGCUGACUUUGUAUGAUAAUUUACUAAUGGAGUGUAAGGAUGCUCUGCAAGCAAUCAAGGAUGAGUUAAAGGGAGACACUGGUUCUGGUAAAACACGGUCUCAAAAGACUGAAGCCCAAAUGGGAAAUAUGCAGUUCCUGCAUAUUUACAUCACAUUUAUCCGGCUGAGUAAAACAGUGGAAAGGAACUUGCUUAUGGCUGAGUCAAUGAAGAACAGUUUACCAGCUAAUCUACAAAAUUCUGUUGAGGACGUACCAGCUGAAACUGGCUCUGGCAAGAAGAUUGCUAAACCUGAGGACCUUGUGCGAAUAUAUGACAUCAUUUUACAGAAUCUGUCUGACGUGGCUGAUUUACCCGGAAUUGAUCAAGACUUGACUUUCUCCAAAGAGAUUGCUGCUCAAAUGCUAGAGUACAAGGCCUACAGGUGCUUAUUUGUUGCUCAUUCUUAUCUGUUGGGAAAGAAAUGGCGUGAAGCAGUGUCACUGUAUGAUCGUGUAUUGAGUCACGCAACCUCUGCUGUCACGCAUUUUCAAGAAAUCAACUCACACCCGCAGGCAAUAAACAGUCUCCAGGAACUGAUGUCACAGGCUCAAGGCUUUAAAUGCUCAGCUCAUGCAUCUUGUAUCUUAGAAAAAGAAGUGGUGGUGGAUGAAAUAGCGGAUAUGUCUCUUAAUGAAAAGCCUCUGACUGAACGCUUGGAUCACUAUUUAACGGACCAGUCCCUCACAAGCAAGAAGCCACAAGUGACUGCAUUUCCACCUAAUUUUGAACCAGUGCCUUGUAAGCCUUUGUUCUUUGAUUUGGCCUUGAAUCAGGUGAAAUUCCCGUCACUUGGCCACAGAGUAGAGGAGAAGAAGGCUGGCGGGUUAGCUGGUUAUUUCAAGGGCUGGUUGUGGGGAUCUGGCAGCUAAAGAAUGAUGUUAAAAUAAGAAAUAUAAGAGCAAUUUUACAGUGUAAUUUACAUGCUCAAUUAGGACUGAUAUCGGUUGUCUCUCUGUCUCAACCGAGCUGAAAUGCAACUGGUGUUCCGUGUCUCUCUACUUUUCUCUUCCUCUCCCUUCACGAUGCAUCUCUUCAUGAAGUUCGACAUCAACAUUACAAACGAGAAACUUUAGAGUACGUCACUAACUUUUUAGACAAAUUUGCGACCAAAGGUGGUUCACCUUUCAGCUUGUUGUUUCUUCUGCACUCAAUAAUGUCAUAAGAUAACAAUAAUAAUAAAGAGCACCGGAAUCUCUACUGAAUUCAGGCUCUUUGAUUUGUUUCGUAUGCCUCUGUUGGCUUAGAUUACAUUGUGCUUGGCAUUCAAUUCCCGCGCGCAAAUUUACAUUGCUCCCGGAAUAUUUAGAUUCCGGAAACCGUGGUUUAUUCCGGCUUUCCUCCCAACACUUUAGGUUUUGGUACUUUAUCACAACUGCCCCAGAAAUAUCGAGUAAUAACUUUUAGAGUUAAGCUGAAUAGUUUUUACCAAAGCAGUGUGACUUCUCUAUGUCGUCAGAAUGACUUGUAAUGUGAAAACGGACGUCAAAUGCAUCCUACUUUUGACCUUUCGAGGCAAAUAACUCGAAAAAUACUCGGUGAAAAUGAAAGUUUUUAAUUCUUUUUAAAAAAUCUUUACAAUUAAAGCAACCCUACGCGCUUUCGAAGAGUUUUUCAAAAGGUAGUUAAAAUGUUUUUGAAAAUUUAACGAUAAUAUUGGUUAACCAAAUAUGGGAAGGUGUAUUCUUAUAAAGUACACGAGGAAGCAGUCCCGUCCCUCGUUCUUCUCGUCUUAUAGAAUGGCAAGGAAGUGACGAGAGCAUGACGAAAGUGUAGGGUGAACACAAGUCACAGGCGAGUUUUAUGCCUGCGUGAAGGACUAGUUUUAGCGCUUUAUAAGAGAACAAAGCGUGUUCAUCUAUGGACAAACUGGUUUCAAACCAACUUCGUUCCCAGGGUUUUCCCUUUGAAAUUCAAAGGGAAAAACCCUGGGUAUGAGGUUGGUUUCAGACAAGGUUUGUUCCAUGGUUGCGUGCGCAGAAUGUCGUCAAGAAUCCUGCAUUACUACAUCAGCAAGUGCAAAUGAAAAUAGGAAUUAUGAGGAAAUUGAACUGCUGGUGAGAGAUUUAAUGCGUGAAAAGCCAUCUCAGUUACGGAAAGUUAAUAAAGUAGUCGCGAAAAUAAGGGUUAGUAGAAAUGCUCUGCAAUGCUCCUCCAUCUGUGAAUCUCAUGCGUAAAUAAUUAUUUCUAGCACAUAAUCUGUAAACUGCAAUAAAAUAAAUUAAGAAAGCAAGUUGCAAGGUGCAUGCUGGUUACUUCGUGGGUUCAUAUUAUUACUCUAGGUGACGAAGAUAUGCAAGUGAGUGUAAAUGGAAUAUAUCAUAUAUUUGAACUGCAGGUGCAAAGAUUUAAUAUAUGGAAGGCUAAUGCAGUUAUGUACGGCAAUAAGCGAUUGUGAAAAUAAACAAUUUAUCCAGCUUUCA